GUUAUUCAACGCCUUCUGGUUUCUUUCCGUUUUGGCCCAGGAUGCUGGACGGACGGACCAGACCGGCAAGAAGAGAGCGUGCGUGCUCUGCUUAACUAAUCUCCGGACAGGGUGAGAAGUUGACGACGGACAAGAGGCGUGUAUACAAGAAGAUGGACCAGUCACGUCUAUAUCGGUACUGCUGCUAUACAAGAGUGAGUGAGUAGGAGGGGGCCAAUUCAACCAGAGCGCAGCAAAGACUCGAGGUGCAAACAUUCGUCUCCGCUAUAUGACGACGCCAAAUGCUGGAAUUUAUAACAUCCCCGGCAUCAGUAGAGAAUUAUAACCUCUUGGUGUGCAUGGGUGUCGGAUCGGAUGCAGCAGCGACAUAGGCCAGCCAUUCGUCCGGCGACCUCCUAAGGAAAUGGAGUCGUCCGUCAUCAUCGGCGACCAGCAUGUGAACAACGCCACCACCAGUGCUGCUGUUGUUGCUGCUGCUCAAUCGUUUCUGGUCAAUCAGACGGCCGGUAUUUUGUUCUUCGCCGUGCAACAGGAUCAAAGUGCAUCAGCCAAUGAUAUGGUUUUACGGACAUCGGCCACUAUUAACGUCGUGCCCGCCCAGCAGCAGCAGCACGCCCGUUGUUGCAAACUGACUGAAGGUGUUUACACCAUCAUGGGAUGCAUUUCCGUCACCCUCUUCUUCCUCGGAGUGGCCACCAUCAAAUUUCUCGGCAAGAAAUAUUCAACUCCCCGGGCCGCCCGCAAACACCGUCGACUAUUGAGGAAAUACCAAAUAGCCGAAGAAGGAAACGCCAUGGCGGCCAUUGCCGAUAAACCGGUUGACGUGGCUAAUUUCGUCAAACAUUGCGAGCAGAGGAGGAAGUAUCCCGUCCUUCUUCGUGUCGAAUUUCAAACGGCGUGCAAAGUGGAAGGUCAUUCGACUCGACACGGAUCCAAGCCGGAAAACAGACCAAAGAACCAAAAUCAGAAAAUCAUUCCCUAUGACUACAACCGCGUUGUGCUCGACCUACAACCUGGAAUUCCAGACUCGGAUUACGUCAACGGUAGCUAUGUCGAUAGUAUACUCAAACCAAAUGCCUAUGUGGUGACUCAGGGACCCAACGAGAGGACCGUUUCCGAUUUUUGGCGUCUCGUCUGGCAAUCCAAUGCCAGUUGCAUCGUCAUGCUCACCAAGACUUUUGACUUUAUCAAAGUCAUGUGCGUGCAGUAUUGGCCGGCUUCCAAAGGCAAAGUGGAGGUCUACGACGGCAUCACCGUGAGCUACAAUCACGAAGAGCAGCUAGCGAAUUUCGUCAUCCGCAAUUUCAAAAUCACUAAAGAAGGACCCAAAGGAAAAGAGGAGAGGGCUUUGCUCCAGUUUCACUAUACGGAAUGGCACUCUCACACUUGCCCUUAUUCCAACAACAUCGUGGAAUUCCGGCGACGAGUGCGGGCCGCCCUGCUCACCACCACUUCCAUUACUCAUACCACAGGGCCCAUGAUCGUUCACUGCAAUGACGGAGGUGGCAGGUCUGGCGUGUUUAUGGCCAUCGACGCAAACAUGGAACUCGUCGAGGAAGACGGUCUCAUCGACAUUUUCGGCUACAUGAAGAAACUCCGACAGGCACGACGUGGCCUGGUGGAAACUUUGGAGCAAUUCAAAUUCAUUUACGACACGUUGGAGGAGAGCAUCACCUGCGGAUGGUCGUGGUUUCCCGUCUCCGAGUUGACGACUCGCCUCAAACAAAAGUCGAUCAAACAUCCAGUCACGAAACUCAACGAGUACCAGAAGGAAUACGCCCAAAUCUGUAAACUGACGCCGCGUUUCACCAUUGGCGAUUGCGCUGGAGGACAUCGGUCCGACAACCGACACAAAAAUCGCGAUGUUCUCAUCAUACCACCGGACAAUUUCCGGCCCUAUUUGACUUCCUUCCAGGGAAACAGUUUCACCGACUACAUCAACGCCGUCUUCAUUGACGGUUACACUCGUCCGCGUGAGUACAUCGUCACGGAAUGGCCCCUACCGCACACACUGGGCGAUCUUUGGUCUCUCGUCUACGACUACGAUUGCAGCGCCGUGGUCGUUCUCACAAGUCCGCCGCCCAGUUCAAGUUAUCCGGCAUUUUGGCCCGACGGCCGUCGUUCCGUCAAGUACGGCCCCGUUUUCACAGUCGAUCACGUUUCCCACAAUCAUUACCCAAACAUCAAAAGUUGGAUCUUUCGGAUCAACAAAAAGGAUAUUGCACCUCAUCGACGGACAUUGGUGACUAUUGUUAACGAGACCAGAAAGAUGAUCAAACAUUAUAAUAGGGAUGAAAACCAGGAGAUUGUUUCACUGACAGAGUUGAUGGCCGGAGUGAAGGCAAUGCCAAAAACCUGUCAGUUGUUCCAGUUGAUGUGCUGGCCUGAGGGACACAAAGUCCCCACUUCCACCAAUGCCCUAGUCGAAUUAAUGAACAUGGUGGAGCGAUGGAGACAGCGCACUGAUUACGGGCCUGUAGUUGUUAUUUCCUCAGACGGGACAUCGCGCGUUGGAGUUUAUUUCGCUGCCAACGCUUGCAUCGAGCAAGUCAUUCAACACGGAGAAGUGGACGUUUUCCAGGCCGUCAAAAACGUCCGAAGACACCGACCCCAACUCGUUGAAAACUUGACGGAAUUCAAGUACUGCUAUGACCUGGUUCUUCACUACGUCCUUCACUACUUACACCGCGAUGGCUCCAAAAAGUGAAAGAUUCUAAAAAUGAAAAAGCUUUGCCAUCGUUGAGUGCGUCUCCACUCGUUACUUUAUAUACUGAAUCGGACACGCUGUGCAGUAUAAAUCAGCCACUCAAGUCUUCCUUACAUUUGAACGUUUUUUUUUUGGAUGAUUGUAAACUUUGAUUUCGAUACGAGAAAAUUCAAUAAAUAUAGAGCUCUAUUAUAUUAGGUUGUCGUGGAUACCUGUGAUCCUUGGCAACUUUGGAAUUGAAAAGUUCAUCUCCCGUACAUCGCGGGAGAUUUUCUCCAAAACAUAUCUUUCGUUUUUCCCCCUUUGAUCUUAUAUGUGUGUUGCUCUCUAGAGGGUUUUAGUAUUUUUGUUGACAUACGAUCGAUCAAUAAGUAGGGCGCCAACCAACCACAACCGUGGGGGCAGCCAAAAGAUCAAAAAUGACUCCGCCCUGAAAAGCUUUGUGAACAUUAGUAACCCGGUGACGUGAACGUUGAGGAAAAGACGGUGACACUAUCAUUGUUUGUAAUAUAUAUUUUGUAAACCUAUCACGAAAUGCAUGGGAUAUCAUAUUCAAUAAAUAGAGCUUAAUUAUUCUUUUGCCAAUGUAAUUCAACCAAAUAUAAUACGACUGUAGUUUCAA